ACUAACCUCACAACUCCGCUUGUCAUAAAUGUUUACAUAUCAACAGUAGAUUGAAAUUGGAUCUUUACAUAGUGUAGCAAAGGGGAUUUUGGGGCCAUGAACAACGAGUACGCAUCCCGACUCCUUCCCCCUGCCAAGGAAACCACACGGGCAGCAUGCAAGAAAUGUGGCUACGCCGGCCAUUUGACCUAUCAGUGUCGGAACUUCUUGAAAGUGGACCCCAACAAGGAAAUAGUGCUGGAUGUGAGCAGCACUAGCAGUGACUCCGAACUGGAUUAUGUGACUCCUCUAACUCAGCUCCGUAAAGAGGAACUGGGCGACAAGUUGAAGAAGAAAAAGCGCAAGAAAUCCUCUAAGAAGCAUAAAAAAGACCACUCGACUGAUAAUGACGAUUCGGACUCAGAUACUGAUGAACCUAGACGGAAAAGGAAACAUUCAAGGGAGAGAAGUGGCCACCAGGACGAAGCAAAGAAAAACAAGAAAAAGCAUAAGAAGCACAAGAAGGCAAAAAGUUCCAAGUCUCGAGACAGCAGCGAUUAAGUCACGUAAGAAAAGCAAUUAAACAUGUUGCGGCUAUAAAAGAAAAUAUAUUUUCGUCCAAGCUA